ACGUCAGGGAUUGCAUUAGCAUUCACAAAGUGCGGCCAUUUUAUCGUGUGUAGUGCUAAAGGAAGAACACGGGCAUUUUAUCGUUCUUACGCAAAGAUAAUCCUGUUGGUGGGGUUCUGGUGGUUUUAAGGAAACUUUACUUGGUUAAACCAUGGCCAAGCUGAUUUCCAGUAUUGCGGUGGUGUUGGUUUUACCCUACGUUUUAGCCUUUUCUGAGGUUAAUCAAUACCGACCUGUGAUCAAUUCUGAGAUUGAAGAAAAUGGCAAACCUGCAUUCCAUGGAGAGGUGACUGAAAAUGAGCGUGUAGUACAGUUGAAACCUCCACUGUCAGCAUUUGACAAGGAUGAAGUAGGAGGGGCAAGGUAUAUCUGCAAGUACAUAAUUUCCAAGAACAUAAAACAUCCCAGAACAAGCCCUCUCCCGUUUGACAUCGUAGUCACCGAUAAUGUUACUGGAGCGGCUGAGAUUCGAGUGAGGGAAGGCCACAAACUGAACUAUGAAAAGCAUCCUUUCUACAAGUUUGGCAUUGUUGCCGAAGAUUGUGGAAGCCCACCUAAAAGAUCUCACAAGGCAUAUGUGAUGAUCAAAGUCUUGAAUAGAGAUGAAUUUGCACCCAAGUUUGACAAUGAUUCUUACUUUGCAUACGUGGAGGAGGGCAAGAUGUAUGACUCUAUUGUGAAGAUCCAUGCAUCUGAUCAGGAUGAGUCGGAUGCCUUCAAGACAAUUUGCAAAUAUGAGCUCAUGACAGCUAAUGCUCCUUUUGAGGUGACCCCUGAAGGUGUUGUGCGCAAUACUGAACCACUGGACUACAAUAUCCACAGAAACUUCAUUCUGGAGGUGUUUGCCACUGAUUGUGGAGGGAGACGGUCGGACCCUGUGUUUGUCAACUUGGCUGUGACUGAGAAAUGCCGCAGCGGAUGGUCUGGUCUCCAGGACGUCAUCAAGUACCGUGCUGGCUCCGGUCAGCAGAUGCUGGCAGAGGGUGCUGCUCUGCGCUUGUGCAACGAGGACUGUCAGCCCACCCAGGUCAAUGUGAAGCUUACUUUGACCACCAAGCACAUUGGAAAAGGCUGUGACCGCGACACCUACUCUGUAAACUCGCAGCGGAAACUCUGCGGUGCCAGUGGGGACAGUGUGGAUCUCCUGCCCUCCCCUGACAGUGCUGAGUGGUCUCACAACAUCCCGACAGAUGACGGCCACGAGAUGGAUCAGGUCUUCUCCUUUGAUGGUGAAAGCAAUGCUUUGGAAGUGCCCGAGUCUGUUUUCAACCACAUGCUUCAUGAACACUUCACAAUCUCCGCCUGGCUAAGACAUGGGUCUCCGCAGUCCUCUAGACAGGCUAAGGCCCCGAAGGAACAUAUCCUGUGCAUGUCGGAUGGAGACGGCAUGAAUCGGCACCACUAUGGCCUGUACAUUCAUGGGGAGAAACUCGUCCUGCUUCUUCGUAAGGAGGCUGCUGAUGUGAAGUCCCCCAAGGACAUGCAGAUAUUUCGCCCAGCAGAGUUCCGCUGGAAGAUUCCUCAUGUUGGGGACAGCCAGUGGCAUCACUAUGCUGUCAGUGUUGAUCAAGACCAAGCGGACAAGAAUGGUGGGGUGAGACUUCACAUUGAUGGUAAACUUCUGGCCACAAGCGAAGAGAACUUUGAAAUAAUUGAUGAUUGGCCUCUCCACAAGACAAAGAAAGUGCACUCUACAAAGCUGACUGUGGGCGCAUGUUGGCAAGGUGCCGAAAAUACCUUUGCUCAUUACUACAAGGGCUACAUGGCUGGCCUGUUUGUGCUGAAAGGAAAGACUGAGAGUGACCGGGUCAUCAAGUGCUUGAACAAUUGCAAGGAGAACUUGGAUUUCCACGCUGUCAAUGACAUGUCGAGUGGAACGAGUGUGAGUUUCAACCCUGACUUAACUGAGUUCACCAUCAGCAGCCGUAGUGUUGAGGAAGUAAAUCGUUUGAUGGGACAAGUGGCUUACAUCAAUGCCCGUACCUUCCCCACUCCUGGCUACAGGGCUCUCAGCAUUGAAACUUCUCUGAUCUGUGAGGGCCAGACCGUGGUGCUGCCUCUCUUGGAGAAGCGCAUCUUGGUGGAGGAGCAGCAGGAGCCGGUGUUUGUCAUCACAGGCUACUCCAACCUCACCCGCAUGGUGUACGAGUUUGAGCGCGGCCUGCGCGUGUUCCACGACAUUCACAUCUUUGCCCGCUCGCAGCCUCUGGAGGAUGAUGACGAUGAGAUGGACGGGGAGGAGGUCGAUGAGAAUCUGAAGGCUGCCAAACUGGCCCAGAAGGUGUCCAAGACCCUGCUGCAGCAAUCGACUGAGCCGAAGGAUAAAGAGUUCAUGAUCGAUAAAUGCCAUGUGACUGCCGACCCUCCCCUGAACUUGUUCAUUGAGCACCUGUCCCUUCCCACACACCUCAUGGAAAUGCAUGGUUUGGAAUGGACUGAGACCAAUGACGGCGUUGUCAUUAGAAAUGCUGAUACGAUACCCAACUAUGAGAACGUGAUCCGCAGCAUCCAUUAUUACCACAACAAACCAGAGGAACUGGCCAAUCGUACAUUGACUCUCUACUGCUCCAGUCAGAACCAGAGAUUCAUCAGCACUAAGUUCAUUGAAAGGCUCGUGGCUGUGCACCAAGGCCCCCCUCCUCCCCAUCCAGCCAACAUCCAGAACAAUGCACAGAAUGUCCACCAGUCACUGAGGAACACAGAAGCAGCUCAUGCUUCAGUGGCCAGCUCCAACUUGGGCAUGGUGGCUAUCAUUGUGGUGUGUGUUGGUUUCCUGCUGUUCAUGAUUGUGCUGGGUGUGAUUCGCAUUCGUGCAGCUCACCGGCGGACCCAAGUUGUGAAGGUGGAGGAGAGAGCAGAAGAGCUGGAGUGGGACAACGAUGGCCUCAACAUCACCAUCAACCCCAUGGAGCAAGAGAUGUUUGAGUACGAGGACGGGGCGAGGCCCACGUUCCCGGAGGACAGCGACAGUGAGGACGAUGAGAGCAGCAUGCAGGGUGACUACGGGGACAGCACGGAGGAUGAGGAGCCGGGAGUGCGAGGCAAGGGUCCCACUGGCAACGAGAUGGAGUGGGACCACACCAGCAUUUGAGCUGGGUGUGCCAUUGCCUCUGUGCCUGGCAAUAGGCAGGGGUGGUCUUGAGAUGAGAGUCAGAUUACAGAAGAAAUAAUGAUAUUCAAGGUGUUUUCAUCAACACAAAGGAGAAAUCACAUUCCCUUCUUUUGCGAAGAAAAAGGGCAGUGCUAUAUUUUCACUGAAGAAUCUGUCAUUCUAGGUGUGGCUAUAUUUUCAUGGAAGAUUCUGACAUUGUAGGUAUGGGACCACACAGACAUUUUGUAACUGGUCUGCACUGCCAACAGUUUGGUCUGUGUAGAAUCCAGUCUAUGAAUUGAAAAGUUUCUUGGGUUCUGUUGUUGUUUCAAAGAAAAAGAAAAUGAAAUGGCUCUACAUGAUCUGUGUGUUAAAAGCAUUCAUGUUUUAUCGGUAAGUAAUGACUGUGUUGUGCUGGGAACAACACGGUGAUAAUCUGAUUUUUUGCUUCCCUUUGUAAUUUUUGUCAAAAAAAUCAGUAUUGGAAAAAAUCGUGAUUGAAAUCUGACCUCUUUGUACCCUAUUCCCAUUCCUGAUGGAAGUAGACUGAAGCUGUUUAAUAAGAAAAGGCGACUGCCUCUGAGCUGAAAUGUGUAUUUAUGGGAUGAUUUGUAACAUUCAUCCUGAUCUUUGAUAUGAUGCACCACUCUGCCAGUUUUACAAUACUUUUUAGUUUCUGUUCUAUCGGUCCCACUAAUGACUUCAGAGUGUUUCUGGUAUUACUUGUGUUUUUUAAUUGUAUUUACUUUGGGUAAUUUUCAGUUUAAAGAGCCAGUGAAGUGAUAGUUCUAAGAAAAUCAUAAAGCCAGCUACUGAAGCAUUUCGCAUGUAAGUUUAAUCCUUUCUUUGGGCAUUAGGUUAAUUUAGUAGAGUAUAUUCGCGCUAAUCAAAGUUGUCCCGUUCGAACAGUAAAGAGUCACAAUGUGACAAAGUGUGGUUGAGUAUUUUUAACAUUCUCGGGGGGAAAAAAAAGGACCCUUUUUUAUAUAAAUUUCGCUGAAAGUGAUGUGAUAGGGAAUAUUUGUCAACUAUUAGAUUGUGCAUAGAAGGGAAAAGUACCUUUGUCCUUUUGCACACUUCAACGACGCAAAUAAGUUCCUUUUUAAUUUUUGUUCAAGAAUUGAAUUACAAGUGUAUCUUUCGUCUUUUUUUUUUUCGUUUGGUCGUCUCACUUGCUAGGGAUAAACAGUUUAAUUAGAAAAUGUUUUAGAAGUUCUUUCUGUCAUACUCAUUUGCUGCACAUAGCUUUUAUAUGUCUGUAUGGUACAGUCUAACCUUCAAACUUUUACACAGAAUUUGCAUGCUUGAAAAUUGACUUGAUGACAAGUGAGCGAAAGUAUUUGUCAGCUUCUCGUUGGCUGUAGUACAAAUGCGGUGUGUUUGUGUGUGUGUUAAUGAGGAAACAACAUGCGUGCAAGACUUGCGAGAUAAUGUUAAUUGUGUUACUCUUGUAACUUACUUGAAAUGGUGGUAGCACGUGAUGAUGAUAUGAAGGAAUAUUGUUUGAAGAUAUAUAAACACGUUCUGUACUCAGUAGUCAUUCAGCUUAUGCUGGUGUUGGCCCCUGUUUGUUCUGGCUUUUUUCCUUUUCUUUGGAAACUUUUGUUGAUAAAUGUCAUUUGUUAUGUUUUCUUUCGCGCUGUUGGAUUGGAAAAUUUUGAUGGGGUGUGACCACUAUCUCUUUGGAUGAAGAGUUUCUACUCUCGAGGUGUAUCUUUGCCCAUGAAUUCAGGCUCACAGCUUGGAACAAGUCACGGCUCUUCAAAGGGGUGAUGGCAUCUAAGGAAAAGUGUCCAGUGCUUGUUCAAUUUUGAACCAUUCUAGAUUGCGACAUAUUUCUAAUGAAAUGGAUCACAGGCGUUUGUAGUUUUAUAAUAUAGAUUCACUUUUACACCAGUUGCUAGUGGAGAGUGAGCGCGUGGUUAUACACCAAAUUUUGGACCCGAGGGGGGGACACAUUUUUUGGACCUCUUUCCACUUUGCCAUCUUUUGUGGAAUGAAUUAUUUUUUAAAAAGAUUUCCUUAACACAUUUUUAUCCUGUGGCUUCUAAGACAUGUCUCUUACUUGUGUUACUGAGAGUAAUCAAAGGAAGUGCGAUCACAACAAGUUUAGAUUUUACUCUUUUUUUAAACUCAAAUAUUGACAGUGUUAUAGUGGACCAACCACUAGUGAAGUCAAGUUUAGGGGAAUUGUACUGUAAAGUAAGAUGCUCUAGUUUUACUUUGUUAGCAUGGUCACACUUUGAAAGGAAAGCAAAAAUGAUGUUGUGAUUUUUUAUUAUGGGAUGUUUUAUAAAAUGUGAUCUUAUCCUUUUUUUAAAAGUGUGGUUACAUCAUGGAGAUUCAUAGGUGUCUCAGCAUUAUGUGGCUUGUGUUGUGCUGACCCGGAUAUAUUGGAACAGUUUUACAAACUUUUUUGCUUCAUAGAAACAUAGUUGAAUAUCUUGAAGCAAAAGUUAAAUUCAAAAUAUAGUUUUUAUUAAUUUUUCAUAUUUUUUCUACACAUACAUUUACUUUGCUUGGGAGCACAAGUUUAGGAGAUUUUUAUUGCCUUUUUACACUUUCUUUUUUUCAUUGAAAGUACGCUUGUGAUAUGUAUAUCUGCUUUCGUAUGUUGUUACGGCUUGUUAGAUCUUGUUUAUCUCUUUUUUUGUUGUUGUUGUUGUUGUUUUAUUUAUUUUGAUUUCUUCUGUCAUGUACCAUGUUAAGAUAUUCUACUUCGUUGGUUGAGGAGAAAAAACGGUGGUCAGAACACAAUAUGGGCGCUUAAGUUUGAAGUUGAAUUUUGGAUCGUCAAGAAAUCAGAUUUGAAUUGAUGUAAGACCAGCUUUAUGGAAGAGAGAAAAAAUAUUCAGGCUGAGACAUAGGUGGAAGAAAGUAUUUCAUGGAGGGAGUUUGAGAGAAUAUUAUCAUACAUUAGAAAUUUGUCAGAAAAGGAUGGUUUGUCUUUGUUUUUGUUUUCAUUUUUUUUCUUGUAAAAGGACGAUGGAAUUUGAAUGUAAUGCCUGGUGUAGCCAUUACAAUUUCCUUGAGAGUGAUGUUCAAGGCUAGUUUCUAUGGUUGGUGUUAGCCUGGAUGAAUGGGAUUUGUUUCCUCAAUGAAGUAUUGACUACCACUGUACCAUGUUGUAUGUUCUAUUUGUAUAUCUGGAUGUACGUACUACUUGAUUACAACUUUCUGAAGCUAGUGUUGUGAUUUCCAUUGACUCCACCUUUGACCUUUGUGUUCAUGCUUUUUCUAUGUUACAGCUUUAAUUCUGAAUUCUGUGUGCUCAUUAGUGGAGUGGUUUGAUCUUUUACAAUUUUUUUUUUAGAUAUUGUUUCCAACUCGACUUCUGGACUUACUGUUAGUGUUUUUUCUUUACGUCCUAACUUCUGUCUCUCUGGUUCUUUCAUGACUUGAUUUUCAUCGUCUGUUCAUUAUGUUCAUGAUGUCUUGCCAUCUCUCUGUCAUUUUCCUGUAGUCUUUUUAUCUUGAGAAUGUCCUCAAAUUUCUCAUUUCUGCAUCUUGACCUUUGUUCUCACACAUCACCCUUUAGGUGCACCGCAGUUGUUACUAGAGCAUUGCUAUAGCAUAAUCCAUCUCAUAUGUUGCUUACUUUUUUGUUGCUUUUUAUUUUUGUCUUAAAAAACAUCCGGAAACCCUAUUUAUAUAUAUUGGCAUGAGCGCACUUUUUUAUGUUUAAUUUUGUAAACAUUCAUACUACAUUCCAUUUGUUUGAACUGAAGCACGCAAAUUCCACUUUGAAAAGUUUCUGACACGGUGUUCUUAUUCUUUAAUCCUUCUCUCCUCCCCCCCCCCCAAAUUUCGACAUCUGGAGAAAACCAUUUUUGGUUGUGACUCAGUGCUCGGGAAGAGCAACUGAAAACUGAACCCAAACGCUUUGCUCAGCCAUACUUACUGGUGUUUUAUUGGUAUGGAAAGUUUACAAAAUCUGGUUCGGUGCCAUCACAAUUUCCUCCUCGUCAUGUAGAAACAUCGAAGAUCUCAAAGGUUGAGUUGCGGCUCUGGAAGCGCUCUUUUCCAGAAUGUGAUUAGUUACCCAGGAUACUGAAGUUACCCCCCCCACCUCCCCUCCCCAGAAAGACUAAGGUUUCGCUGUUUACAAUUCAUAUUUCUAAUCCCGUUGUUGAGAUUGUUCUAGACUGAAUAACGCGACUUGUACAGCGUUAUAGUCCCCCGAGUUGGCGGUGUAGAAGACACAAGAUUUCAUACGGUGUGUGCAAUAAUAAAUAUAUUGUCUGAAAAAGAGAAGAGGCCACCUCCCCACCACCAAUGUGGCCAGUCUGAUUUUGAUCAAGGUUUUUAUUAAAAAACAUUUUUUCGGCUGGGGUGUGAAGUUUCACCACAUUGGUGGACUAAGUUUAUUAUCCUCCUAUCUUUGUUGCUAGGACCUGGCUGUAAUAACUUUUGUUAGUUACAUUUUAGUGGUAGAUCACAAGCUGUCAUCAGGUCAGUGGCUGUUUUGUAUCUCAGUUGAAUAUUAUUGCGCUAUCAUUUUAAAAUAUUUUUCUUUAAUGGAAUAGUUGUCUUUUUUUCCCCCCUCUCUGUCUCUCUAUUGACAUUUUUCAUUAUUAUCAGUUCGAUAUUGUGAUUGGCAUCAUCCUCAUCAUACACUCAUGAUUUACAUGUUAACAAAGUUUUCAUCUUUGCUAAGAUUUCGUCUCAUAUUUCAUUGCCAUCUUUAUCAUCGCCGUCAUGUUUAAUGCAAACUUCACGUACUUGUUUCUCCUCUAAAAUUUUUAUGUUCUAGUAGGAAGAAAGGUAUUUUUGGUUUUGUUUUUGAGAGGGGGAAGGGUGUUAAAGUUAAAGAUAACUGGAUCCUUCCCUGUUACCGACGUGAGGUAUCCCGUGCUCAAAGAGAGAUCUGAUGCUUUCAGGAGGCCUGUAGCUCCACAAAAGGGCAACUGUAUUGUACCUUUUGGUUAGCUGCUUGAUGUUGUGACAGAAAAUGUACCAGAGGAUUGUAUUGUGUCUGUAGGCAGGUUUCUGAACAGAAUUUGUGAUCCUCUUACUUGUAGUAGGAGGAAAUUGCAUCAUCAUUGCUCUCGGGCUCUCUCUUUGGGCUGAGGGGUGUUGUGAGAUUCUUGUGAUUUCUAGUCAAGACUGAAGUGGCUGGUAACAAUGAGGUCUGGCGGUCACAGUCUAACGACAUCAUGUGUGUGCACUAUUGGGAAGUUUCAUGGCCGGUCAGUGUCAUGCCAGGUUUGUUUUACUGUUCAGUUCAAGGGAAGUGUGAUCUGGGAUUUCUGCGAGUUUUUGUUGCUUGGGUCGAAACCAUGUUUUGAUCUGGGGUUUAGUACACCGAUUUGGAAAUAAGCUUUCCCUUUCAAAGAAUAGAAACUUGAUGCCAGUUUGCAGGUUUUAGAUGGUUAAUCACAAAGUGCACUGGAAAAAAACCUCAAGCAUUGUUGUCACAAUUCCCCCCCCCCCCCCCCCCCCCCCCCCCCGCGAGUGGCUUUUAGCACCCACGUAACAAUGUUGCACCUUAGACUUACAUAAUACUUGCGUUAUUCAGAAGGGUUUUACUACCUGCUGUUCUUUCCUCGAUAUUUUUGUUUAGUUUUCUGCCUAGCAAGUGCUCAAAAUGUUUUCUUAUUUGGAUGAAAUUCUUCGUUUUGGUUCAUUUUCUAAUAAAACUGUCUUCUUCUCUUGUAAGAAUAUUAAGUGCUAAUUUUUCAUGAUUAACACUGAAGUGAAUAGUUUUGUCAGUUUUGAUUUCUUCCUUUCAUUAAAAAAUUUUACUUUUAAUGGUUUUCAUACAUUCUCAGAGCCUGUACAUGAUAAACAAGUUUGCAAGUUAGCGCUCAUUAAUUCACCAGAUGUAUAGUUUGUGUCAUAUUUAAAUGUAAAACAAAACGUAUGAAAAAAAAGGAACAAUAAUAAACUUGUCGGUGAGUUUA